UGGGCUCUGCAUUCCUCUCCUUGAAUGGAGAAGGUGAGUACUAUCACUGUCUACCUCCUCCUCUAACAUUCCUGAAACUGGAUGAUAGAAAGAUGCCCCUUUCUGAAGGUGUGUAUUUUCCCCAGAGGUUUUGCUCCUUCCUAUGUCAAGGCCAAAGGAAGGAUUUGCCGUCUUGAUGGAACUUUCCUAACUGGGAACUCGUCCUGGAUUCCUUGGGAUUCUGAUCCAGAAUUUGUAUAGGGAAAACUGUUGGGUGACUUCCCGUGGUGACCUUGAGUGUGUCUGGGAGGCUCAGCCAGAAUUUCUUGUGUGGCCUGUGAGUGAGCUGGCUAGCAAGCGAGCGAGGUCAGUGGGCCUUCCUGCUCAACACCCUGUCUCUCUCCUCAAAGUGUCUUGGGUAAAGGGCAUACUCACAGGGUGGCAGAAUGAAUAUGGCAUUAGAGAGUGAGCUUGUUCUUAUCUAGUCUAAACUAGGGAAAAAAAUUCCUGUAAAUAAGCAAGCAACCUAACUUCACCCCAGAAAACAACUCCUAGUUAACCUUGGCUCCUCUUCACUUGGCCUCUGUCUUUAAAUCUGAGUGACCUGGUGGGAUCGAUCAACUUUGAAGUCCUAAGGUGCUAUUUUAAUACUGUUCUUUUACGUUGCAGGUUUCAAGACGGAUUUAACUAGAUUCUGGAGGGAGCUUACAUUACAGCAUUCUUAAGAGCUCGAACAAUCUUGAAAGAGUUAAACUCUAAUUAGCUCAUUCCUAAGGUAUUUAAUGCCCUUAUUAAAACUCAACUGCUCCUUCACUUUUUUCUUUAGUGAAUCAGAUUUCUUGAGGAGCUGAGCCUUCGCUCCUCAGAUCACAGGCUCACAUGUUGAAGCUGGCAGUGCUAGAGGCUAGUUCCUAUCUGUGUGACAGCAUUUUUAAUUUAACAGGACUGCCUUUGAUGUUCCCAAAUAUUUAUAGGCAGCUUUAGAUCAUUUCAGUGUGUGCUUUCUUUUUCUUCUCUCUCUUUUUUAACUGGAGCAAAAGUUCUUCCUCAUGCAACAGCUUUCCUUUUAUCCUGUUUAGUUUAUUUUUGUUUCCUUUGCAGCUUUAGUGAAGGCUCUUUGGCUGCAUCACAUGAGAUUGACCCUUCUUUUUGCUUCUUUGGUAAAGGCUACCUCUCUGUAUCAUCCUGCCUGCUUGAGAUUGUUUAAGGCACUUCUGUUCAACCCUUGACUUUCUUCAGGCUGAGUUUUUUUCUAAUCUGGCCCAGGAAUCUGUUCUUUAGCUGACCUGAGAGCUUUCAGGCUAUCCUGGAGACCUGGGCAUUGUGUGAAGGUGUCUUUAUUUUGAGACAGGGUCUUGCUCUGUCACCCAGACUGGAAGUGCAGUGGAAUGAUCAUAGCUCACUGUAACCUUGAUCUCCUCAAGUGAUCCUCCUGCCUCAACCUCCUGAGAAUUGGGACUACAGGCAUGUACUACCACUCCCAGCUAUUUUUUUUUUUUGACACACAGUUUUGCUGUCACCAGGCUGGAGUGUAGUGACGCUAUCUCGGCUCACUGGAAACUCCACCUCCUGGUUCAAGUGAUUCUCCUGCCUCAGCCUCCUGAGUAGCUGGGACUAUAGGCACGUGCCACCACGCCCAGCUGACUUUUGUAUUUUUAGUAGAGUUGGGGUUUCACCAUGUUGGUCAGGAUGGUCUUGAUCUCUUGACCUCAUGAUCCGCCUGCCUUGGCCUCCCAAAGUGCUGGGAUUACAGGUGUGAGCCACAGCGCCUGGCCAAUUUUUUCAUUUUUUUGUAGAGAUGAGGUCUCGCUUUGUUGCUCAUGUUGGUCUUGAAUUCCUGGGUUCGAGCAAUCCCCUGCCUUGGCUUCCCAAAGUGCUGAGAUUACAGGUGUGCGCUACCUCACCUGUUCUUGAAGGUGUCUCUUUAUGGAUGACCAGGCUGUAAUACCCUACUGUGCUUGCCUGCAUUGGCAUUGAUGCGGCCUCAGCAAGUUAUGAUUUCCAAUGUAUCUUUUGCAGAUACUGUUAUAGCUGGAGCAGGAAAUUCAGAUAGACAGAACUCUCUCCUGAUGAUUUCAGGGUUGCUCUGUUUGGCUCUGCUAGACUUCUUGGCUAAAAAUAACAGAGAAUCAAAGAUUUUUGUCUCAGGGAUGGAAAAACAAGGCUGCAAUGUAGAUUUGCUAAACCAUUAAGAAAAAGAAAAAGGAAACUUGUACCAAUUAAAACAAAUGGUAGAACAGAGGACAGGUUUCUUCCAUCCUGGCCUCUGGGUAAACAUUCUGCUUGUGAAACAAUCCAAAUUAUCGAAUUCUCAGCUGCUGUUACUGACCUGGGCCUGGGAGAUAGAAUGCCAAAAGAUUUCAUGGCUUCUUCCAUCAUUGCUGGCUUCUACUACGUGAAAGCUUUUUAGUGCUGAAGGUCACACAGGUGGUUGAUGAAAUGUGUGAAUGAAUGAAUACUGUGUAAGACACUAUUCUCGGGACUUUAUACUGUUUUUCUCACUAUAUCCUUAAGAGGAUUCUGAGCGAUAAGACAUUUCAUAUCUGUUUUUUUAGAUGAGGACACUAAAGUGCAGAGACGUUUACAUAGCUAGUGAAUGGAGAAGCUGGCCUGGAGCUCAAGACUCUGUCUUAUAGCCUCCAUUAGGUAUUUAAAGGCUGCUAAAUCCAGUGGCAGUCUGCGAACCUCUUAGAGCUAAAAAAUCCUCUUGAGGCUGAGCAUGGUGGCUCACGCCUGUAAUCCCAGCGUUUUGGGAGACCAAGGCAAGUGGAUUGCUUGAGUUUAGGAAUUUGAGACCAGCCUGGACAACAUGGUGAAACCUCAUCUCUACAAAAAAAAAUACAAAAAUUAAUUGAGUGGGGUGGUACACAUCUGUAGUCCCAGCUACUCAGGAGAUUGAGGCAGGAUGAUUGCUUGAGCCUGGGAGGCAGAGGUUGCAUGCAGUGAACCAAGAUGGCACCACUCCCCUCCAGCCUAGGUGACAGUGAUACUCUGUCUCCAAAACAAAACAGAAACUUUCCAAGGCUAAAAUCCACUUAUGUUGCAUUCUGGGAGUUCAGAGCUGACCAUGCUCUUUCUAUGUAAGGGGCACAGUGGUGGAGAGCACAUCUCUGGGGCCAGAUAGGCCUGGUUUGCAUCUCAGCUCUGCCACUGCCAGCUCUAUGACCUUGGCCAGGUCAUCCAACCGCUCUGAACCUCUCUGCUUCCUCAUGUAUAACAUGGGACAGAUAGCUUAUACCUCCAAAGGACUGUGAAAAUUAGAUAAUAUAUGUAUAAGGUAUGCAUUAAGUGCUUAACACAUGUUCAGUUGGUGUCUGUUGCUGCCAACUGACAGAAUUGUCACUCUCAAAGAGUUUGUAGUCCUGCAAGAAGCAUCAGGUAAACCAGCUAUUAGAAGACAACUUCUAUGGCAGAGAGACGUGCUGGUGCUGACUAGGAAGCCAGGAAGAGCCACUGGCUUGGAUUUUUAUUUUCUUUCAUUCAGCAGAUACGAAUUGAGUGCUUAUCCUAUGCUGGCAGAGCCACUGGAUCACACUGAUUGCUGCCAGCUCCCCGUCGCCCCCAGUUUUCUCUUUCCCUUAAUGGGAGAAUUUGAGCUAAAAUGUUAAUUGCCACCUGAAGAAAGAUUUUCACGGAGUCAUUUUCACAUAAAAUGCCAAGGUGCCAAAUGGCACAGCCAUAUUCCAUUUGACCAUUUAUCUUAUAUGGCCUUGUGCUAUCCUUCAACUCUCAUUUUAAUCUUAUCUAAUUUCCUCUAAUUUUUCUGAUCCCAUCUACAUGAGAACUUUACGGUCCUUGAGAAUGUACAAGCGACUCACUGAGGGAGCAGGUGGUGGCCGCAUGGGUCCCCACAAGUGCCCAGAUGGUGUCCGUGCCUUUCAUGGUCUGGUUCCUUGGGGAUUUGUUGAUAAGAUUUUGCUUUGAUUUGGUUUUCCAACCCAGCACCAUAUUCAGAUUUGAUUACUGGCACUAGUUUUUUUCUCUGCAGAGUUUCAUUGUCUGAGUCACCAGCUAUCUUGAAACAUAAGUCCCAUUCUCCACACCCCCUACCCCUUUGCAAUCAGUGGGGAUGGUUGUAUGGUAGAACUUUUUCCCUGCCCACAGCACAUGGUGCAGAGUGGUGUCAGCAUACUUUCACUUGCUGAGUUGAUUGGUAACAUAUUUAAUCUAGAACAAAGAUACAAUUGAAAAGCAUUUGUGGUUGUCUUUGUAUAGUUACAAACCUCUAAAAUAGAUUUGAGGUCAUUUCUAUGUCUUUCAUUUUGAAUUAGCAAGCAGACUUUCAGUGGGAAGUGGGUAUUUUCUAAAUGCAGUAUUGAUUUAAAGCUAACAUGAUGCUCUACUUUUGGACCAUAAAAAUAAUGUUAAUUUUUGAUUUGGCUCCAGAGGGACCACUGGAGUGGGUCAUUUAUAUUCAACUCUGUUAUCUAUGCUUUCUUUAAAUAGCAUAUUUAAUUUCAUAUUAAAACUAGCUUCUGUUCAGCUAAAACAACAACUGAAAAGAUGGUUCAGAAGAAGGCGAAAUGACAGAGAAAAUGCAGCGUGCAAUGGAAACUGGCUGCAAGUCAUCUCCAUAAAGUGAUUGAGAAUGAAGUGAAGCCCAGCUUUCUUUCCAGAUAACCCUCAACAACACUCUAUGUUAACUUAACUUCUCCUGGGAGUCUCAGUGGCCUCCUUUUGUACUUGGUGUAUGUUGCAUGCCAAUCAUGCUGUGGAAGAGUAACGUCUAGAAACAAAUAUUGAACCAGUGUUGGGCUGUGUGCAAGUCACUUUUGGUAGGGAUAUGUGAGAAUCACUAACUAGUAACCUAUCGAAAAAAAGAAGUCCAUUAGGUUUGAAUUAGUACCACUGGGGUCUGUAUGUGGUGAUACUUGCUUUUUUUUAAAUGAUGCUUAUGGAGCAUCAUUUACCCCAUGUCAUAUGGGGCAUGUCUCCCCGUUCCCUGGAUGUCAAAACUAAGAACAGAAGCAAAAUCCAUCCUGUAUUGGCUCUCUCCUCUUCCGGAUUAGCUGGAUUGCUGGAUGUGCAGUCAGUUGGAUGCAAAUUUGCUUUUGCUAAAGAAAAAGAAGGUCUGCUUAUCACAGUAAUACCUGUGAUAAGACCUGUGCUUUCAGUUUGUGUUUUUUAAAGCAGUGAUUAGAUUCGUCUGGGUGGAGAGCAAAGAUGAAACUAUUGGUCUAGUAGAAACCAUUGGUCCCCCAGAUGGCCUGGUGUCUCUCCAUUGGGUUUUUUAGGCACACUUGUCCGAAGAAACUUUUUUGAUUUUGAGCCAUUUUUUAGAGCUUCCAAGCCCUUCCUGAUCUUAACUGUUUGUUGCUAUCUACAGAAAAGUUGCUCUUUGGGAAUGGACUUAAACUUGGAGUUAACAGCUUUUGUGCAUGGACCUCUCCUAGGGGCGUGUUAGGCCUGUUUGCUGUAGACUCUGCCUUCAGACCAGGAUGAUUUUCACUGUAUUUUUUUUUUGGUCAGAAAAUAAUCCAACCAAAACUUGCCCUUGCUUAUACAGAGUGACUAUGCAAAUCAGGUCUGCAUGCUUAUAUUCCUAGAAAUGCAGUUCAGUGAAAAGAAAACAGUGCCUCUUUUAGCCCACGUGCUUUCCUCAUUCAUACAAUGAAUCUAAUGAAACUUGAUUUCACCCAGGCUGGAGUGCAGUGGCAUGAUCUUAGCUCACUGCAGUCUCUGCCACCCAGCUUAAGAGAUCCUUCUAUCUCAGCCUCCUGAGUACCUAGGACUAUAGGCAUGUGACCACCAUGCCUGGCUAAUUUUUUUUUUAGGAUGGAGUUUCGCUCUUGUUACCCAGGCUGGAGUGCAAUGGCGCGAUCUUGGCUCACCGCUACCUCCGCCUCCUGGGUUCAGGCAAUUCUCCUGCCUCAGCCUCCUGAGAAGCUGUGAUUAUAGGCAUCCACUGCUACACCCUACUAGUUUUUAAAUGUGUUUUUGGUAGAGAUGGGGUUUCACCUUGUUGGCCAGGCUGGUUUUGAACUCCUGACCUCAAGUGGUCACCUCAGCCUCCCAAAGUGCUGGGAUUAUAGGCAUGAGCGACCACUCCCAGCCUCUCUAUUAGACUUUGGAUCUGGAAGAUAGUAAGAAAAACAGCAAAGUAACUUAGUUCAGUCCUCUCCUUGUGGCUAUAAGUAGUCUUGAACUCUUCAUGAUGGUCUACUUUGUUACCGAAUUAUUGGGUAUGAAAGUGAGGACUGCAACAGGCUUUGGAUGUUUCAAGGUGUGUCUGGCUAUGGUUUGCUUUCUGAGUGUCAGCCUUAAUGUCUUCUUAUUUUCUGGCAAGGAUUGAUAGAUAUGGCACUGGAUAUUUUCUGAAUAGUUUUCACAGAAUCACCGAGUGAAGCCGGCCUCCUCCUGCGUGUCUGUUGAGGGAGGGCUUAUGGGCCAGUGGGAAAGUCAGAUGUAUCCCUGAGAUGGUGACAGUAUAACAUGCAUAGGCUGAGUGCCAAGUGCUUGGGGCCCAGAGAAAGUGCCUAGAAAUCAGAGAAAGGUCUUGGGGGUGGACCUCCAGCUGGACUCUUAAGGAAGACUGGUGUUUGGAUUUGCUCCCACUGGCUCUUGCUGUGGGGAAGGCAUUUCUUGCAGAGACCCAGGUGAGGUUGGCAACUAGUGGAGCUUUUUCUAGUUUGUGUAGACCUGGAGGUUGCCCGGCAUAGAAUGUGCCCUUGGCAGGGUGGGGAGAAAGGAGAGGCCAAAUGAGGCGUGACUGGGAGACAGGAGAUCUGCUCUGCUCUCUGGUCUGUCAUUUAAGUGGGAUCUGUCUGAGUCAGCCAGGCUUUUUGAGCCUCAGUGUCCACAUCUGCACACUGGGCAUAGGACUGGAUGAGAUUCCUGGAGGGACUGGAGGAUCUGCAGCUGUGCCUCUGAAGGAUGUCUGGAGAUGGAAACAGGAGUGGGGAAGAAGCACCCUAACUAGGGAAUCGGGGAGGGAAAGAACUUUGGAGGACAAGUUAGGGGAGGGAUAAGAGAGGCUCUGAAUGCCAGAAAAGGGUGUUUGACUUUUAUCCUAGAGACCAGUGGUCCCAUAGCCAGAAUAUAGGUGACGUCUGUGUGCAUGGCCACAUUUUGGUGACGCGAUUCCCUCCUGCCCUGUAGUCCUCCAGCAGCAUGGUAUGUAAUUGUAGCACUCAUUGCACAGCAGUCGGGAGGUUCAUUUGGGGGCAGUUUUCCAGCAGUCCCUCCACUCCUGAGAAUAGCCUGGAAUGUAAGGGAGUAAGUGAUGUUCUAGUGACAACCUUGAAUUUACUUUAUUAAAGAUAAAUAAAUCACAUGCCAACUCUGGCCUUUAGCUGUUAUUAGUAACAAAUUGCUCUCUACCCAUACACUUGACCAUUCAUGACACCUUGGAAGAAAAUUGCUGUGUGGCAUUUGAUCUUGGUUAGCACUUUUUUUUUUUUUUCUGAGAGUUUUUUUUUUUAAUAUAUCAUGAGCAUAUAGAAACUUCUGGGGAGCAAUUCCUCAGCUGCUUUUCAAGUCCUGCCCCUAACCCCUCAGUUUGGGUUCCAUCUGUUGACUGCCCUGGGUUUCAGAAGGGAGAUUGCAAGUGUGCUAUCUUGAGCCUGGUCCUUUAGGAUUAGGCAAUAGAGUGAUAGGCUGGUUUGGACAUUUCUGGUUAUUGACAGGCCUUACUGUGGCUUCUCCCAAAUGAAUGAGGAAUAUAUUUUUCUAAAUCCAGCCAGUGAGCCAAAUGAGCCACACUGGGAUAAACUUUGUUUGUUUACAAAUUAUGUAAGAGAAGGCCCCGGCCUUUAAAUUUUUCUGAGCCAGAAUUCCUACCCCUCUUCAAAGUUGUAAUCAAACUAAACAAACACUUUCCACAGGAACUAACUCCCUCCUGAGAAACAGGAGCAGAUGCUCCUGGGAGGCCUUCAGCAACUUUGGAAUGUUUAAAGUAGAAAUAUGUAACCAAGGUGAAAUUGUUCCAGAAACAUUGCCUGCCCUAGCCAGAACCAAAGCACGUGUCAGCUUUUUUAUUUAGGGCAAGAAGUGCAGAUUGGACUGGGCCAGUCCAGGCAGAAUUUUCUCUAGAAUGUUUAAGUUUUGGUUUUCAUCUUAACCCUGCUUCUCAUAGUAUCAGCUCCUUGUGACCUUUAUUCCCUUCUGCUUAAGUAACUUUUUUUUUAGCUUGAUCUUAUCUCUUAUCUUUUAGCUAUGCUGGAUUACAUCCGGGGAAGGAGCCCGCCUCUUAAAGCACUCAAUUAUUGCUUCUCUGUUCCUAGCAAAGAUGUCAGCUGUAGCACAAACACUCCAGAGGAGGGAGGCUGAGGCUUACCUUACCUUCAUUAUUGUCUGGAUAGGGAGAAUUGCCACUCUCCAGUUGUUUGGGAGAUCCAAAAAGACUUUCCAUCUAGACUCAGGGACACAGUUUUCUUUUCUUUUUUUUUUUUUUGAGAUGGAGUUUUGCUCUUGUUACCCAGGCUGGAGUGCAAUGGCGUGAUCUCGGCUCACCGCAAUCUCCAACUCCUGGGUUCAGGCAAUUCUCCUGCCUCAGCCUCCUGAAUAACUGGGACUACAGGCACCCAUCACCAUGCCCAUCUGAUUUUUUGCAUUUUUAGUAGAGAUGGGGUUUCACCAUGUUGGCCAGGCUGGUCUUGAAUUCCUGCCCUCAGGUGAUCUGCAUAUCUUGGCCUCCCAAAGUGCUGGGAUUACAAGCAUGAGCCACCAUGCCCGGCAGGGACAUGGGUUUCGAAUCCUUGCUGAUUUGAGGUUUUUUUUUUUGGAGACAGAGUUUCGCUCUUGUUACCCAGGCUGGAGUGCAAUGGCACGAUCUCUGCUCACUGCAACCUCCGCCUCCUGGGUUCAGGCAAUUCUGCAUUCAGCCUUCCGAGUAGCUGGGACUACAGGCACGCGCCACCAUGCCCAGCUAAUUUUUUGUAUUUUUAGUAGAGACAGGGUUUCACCAUGUUGACCAGGAUGGUCUCGAUCUCUUGACCUUGUGAUCCACCUGCCUCGGCCUCCCAAAGUGCUGGGAUUACAGGCUUGAGCCACCGCGCCCAGCCCGAUUUGAGUCUUUACUGAGUGGCUUGAUUUAUUUUGGUUUGGGAAGUUGUGGAUUUUUAGGACAUCGGGUACACUUGUAUUAAAAUAGAUGUAUACUUUCUAAAGCCAAACGCAGAUUUCUCUGGAGUAUGCCCAAGAUUUGCUUUUCUCAAGGCAUUGCCUGAAGAACAGCAGUUCUGCACAGUGUUCUAUUGUGAAAGGGUUCUGCGAGGACCUAUGCUAUGCAUUAAUGGUUGGGCUCAGUAGUUGAGAAAUACUGUUUAUCCUAGUUUUCUUUUAGAGAUAUAUUCUGCACAGUAGUCAAUUAAUGGCUCUGAGAAAUUCUGUUGAAGAGCAGUCAUUCACUUUAUUUAAUCUGGUACUUCCCAAAUAUACUUUAUCACAGAACUUUUUCUCAGAGGACUCAAGGUGCUAGGGGACAUGGAGUAGCACGUAGCCAGUAUUAGGUUGGUUUAGGGUCUGCACUGGUUCAGUUGGUGUCCUGUUAGAUUAUGAGGAUGGAAGGCCAACACCAUGUUAAUUUCCAGCUUUUCACAGGGCCCUUGCAUAUAGUCAUUAUCACCUAGAAUGAAUGACCUGAGCACCUUUGAACUGUGGUAGGACUAUUUCUUCCAUUGCAGCUUUGAUUUGUGGUCUUCUCCCUAAUUGGGUGAUGGGGUAUAGGGAGUUGUAGUAUAAAAGAACCGAGAAAGAGUGCUUCUCUUUCAGGAAUUUAAUUUCUACUGGAAUGGGAAAAUUCACCAAGGAGUUAAACAGUACCAGCAUCCAAGUGGGUAUGAAAUCAUAUAAAAGUGAGUCCAGCUCCAAGCAGCCUGUCUUGUAGGCAUUUUGUAGCCUGUCUUGUAGGUAGGUGGGGAUUGCAGGAAGCAGGGAUAGCCUUUAUUGUGACUUUACUUACCAAGCUGUGGGGACUGUGAUGGCAGGCAGAUUAAGAUAGAGGAGUCCCCCCCAACCCCUGCAGUCCUAAAUGCCUCUUUGUUCACUCUGCCUCUGUAUGUAACAGAUAUACUAUGUGUAAAAAUCUAAAUCUUAGACUCCUCAUGAAGUAGACAUUUUAGAGUUGGAUGAAAUGCAUGAUAAGAACUCCCUCUGGUACUUCCCAAAUGUAUUUGAUCCCAGAACUCCUUUUUCUCAAAAGCCCCAAAGUACUGGGGAACAUUUGAUUUCUUCUGGAAGGGGAACUCCCUCUGGCUGAUCUGCAGGCCUCCUCUGCUGGGCUGGCAUCUUGGAUUUGGGGGUAGCCGCCCUCCACGACUAUUAGGUCUUGAGUUUGGCUGUCUGGUUUUGGAGACCUGUUGCCUUGGAGGUGCUGGGUUGAGUUGAAUGGAUGUACAUUUUCCAGGUUGGUUUACCUUAGUUAGUGCAGGAAAGAGUAAAUAGGCUCUGCUGACUCUAGUUGCCCGUAGGAGGGUUGUGUGUAACAUGAGUAUGGCUGAGAUAUCCCCCCAUUGAUGUGCUAAGAGGAAACUGAGAUGAAGAGUUUAAAUUCUUCUCCAGCUAUGUGUCAUAUUUCACAGACUAUUGACUUAGAGCUUUUUUUUUUUUUAACUUUAAAAAUUGGAGACCAGGUGUGGUGGCUAAUGCCUGUAAUCCCAGCACUUUGAGAGGCCGAGGUGAGCGGAUCACUUGAAGUCAGGAGUUCAAGACCAGCCUGACCAACAUGGUGAAACUUGGUCUCUACUAAAUAUACAAAAAUAGCCAGAUGUGGUGGCGCAUGCCUAUAAUCGCAGCUACUUGGGAGGCUGACGCAGGUGAAUUGCUUAAACCUGGGAUGCGGAGGUUGCAGUGAGCCGAGAUCACGCCAUUGCACUCCAGCUUGGGCAACAAGAGUGAAACUCCAUCUGAAAAAAAAAGGAAAAGUUAGGGUUGACCUACCUGAUGGAUAUUAUUGGCAGCUGAGCUCUGUCUAGCCUGGGACAUGCAGCCAUUUGCCUUAGUAGCUUUCGAUGAGGCCCCAGGCUCUGCUGUGCAUUAAGGGUAGGGCUCAGCCUCAGUGCAGGACCUAUCCCCUGCCACCCAAAGGGGAGGCAUUCUCUUUUUGCAGACGUUGAUUAUCAGAAAUUGUUCUUCCUUUCACUGAACCAAACUUCUUCUGCUCCUUGGUUCUGGUUCUGCCUUCUAGAGUAUAUUAAGUGUCCUUUGAUUGCCAUAACAAAGUACCACUGGCUAGGUGGCUUAAAUGACAGACAUAUUUUCUCAUGAUUCUGGAGGCUGGAAGUCUAGAAUCAAGGUGAUGGCAGGGUUGAUUUCUUAUGAGGCCUCUCUCCUUAGUUUAUAAAGUGAUGGUUUUUCUGUGUUUUCAUGUGGCCUGCCAUCUGUAACUGUGUCCAGAUUUCUUAAGUACACCAGUCAUAUUGUAUUAGGUCCCACCUAUAUGACCUUGCUUUAACUUGGUCACCUCUUUAAAGACCCUGUCUCCAGAUAGUCACAUUUUGAGGUACUGGGGGUUAGGACCUUAACAUAUCAAUUUUUGAGAGACAGAACUCUGCCCAUAACACAGAGCCAUUAAGGCACGAUGGCCCUCCAGAUUUUUGAAGGUGGUUAUCUUGUCACUCUCCCCCUCAGCCACCAGUAAAACCAGCAAAAUUGUUUUUUUCCUGGCUGAGAACCCCCAGUUCUUUUCGUUCUUCAUAUGAGAUGGUUUUGAAGUCCCUCAUAAUCUUGGAAUCUUCUGGACUUGCUUUAGUUUUGGAGGGACAAAGUGGAACACCUUGGACUACUCGUGAUAUUAUAGAUAGAAUUCAUUCUAAUGUUUGCCCCGCCAAACAAUUUUAAUGAUUUCUGAAAAAGAUUAAAAGGCUAAAAAUCAGCCUGUAAAGUUUCAGUAGCAAUUUUUAGAUAUUUAUCUUUAAUUUUGCCUGAAUAGGUCUGACCACUGACACAUGUGCAUGGGCACCACCCCCGUACCCCACCCUACCCCAUGCAUCCAGUGCUACCUCUAUGUCUUCUUUUGACUUAAGCAUUUAUAUUAGAGUUAGUAAGUGCUCAAAGUCUAAGUUUCUUCACCACUUUUCCUCCCUUCCUUCAGACUUUUUUAGUUGUAGGAAACCUAGUUGGGAGGGUUAUUUCAAAAGAAUAAAUGAAUGUAGAGAUUUUAAUUUUUUUUAAUUAAAUUUUUUGGAGACAGGAUCUUGCUUUGUUGCCCAGGCUGGAGUACAGUGGUGCGAUCAUGGCUCACUGCAGCCUCCACCUCCUGGGCUCAAGCAGUUCUUCCAUCUUAGUCUUCCUAGUAGCUGGGACUAUAGGCAGGUGCCGCUAUGCCUGGUUUUGUGUAUUUUUUUCGUAGAGGCGAGGUCUCACUAGGUUGCCCAGGUUGGUCUUGAACUCUUGGACUCAAGGGAUCAGCCUCAGCAUCAGCCUUCCAAAGUGCUGGGAUUAUAGGCAUGAACCACCAUACCUUGCUGAGAUUUUAAUUUUCUUUAAUAUACUUGCUGUCUGAAGAGCCUAGAAGUAACUCAGUCUCUGGAGUAUAACUCAUUUUAGGUUCUUAGUCUCAUGCCAACCUGUAAUGUAAUUAGAUUUAAAAUUAUUAGAUAUCCUCUUCACUUUUGGAAAUUGUUUACUCUUUGUUGCCCUUCUGCACCAAAACUUCUGUCACAAAAGCUCAUCUGUUUAGUUCUUUGCAUUUUCAGCACUUAGCAGAGUGAAGGUUAAAAAAAAAAAUUGUUGAAUGACUAAAGGCAUCCUCUUAAUCAUCUUGUGUUUAUUUAAUCAGGAGCAUCCUGUUGUGUCUUUGGUAGAAAUGGCAGCUUGGGGUUUAGGGGUUAUAAUGGCCACUGUCCCUUUCAUUUUUGAACUGUAGAGCUUUCCAUAAAGAGACCCUCAGUGCCGUUCACUCUUCUGCUAAACUGUGGUCUGUAAGUACUGAUUGAUAGUUUCAACAGGCUUUCUCUCCUUACCUUAGUCUCUUUAGAUGGAGUGUGAUGCUCUUGGAGUUCCUUUCUUUGAAGGUGCUUUGACUAUACCGCCCAGGAUUUCCAAAUUGUAGCCUUUAGAUGCCUAGAGCCCUGGCCCCACACAGCUGUUAGGCCCUCUCUAUUCUGGAGGCCCAACAACAUUAAAAACACCAACUAUUUAUAGCAUACUUUUCAGUGUCAGUAAAUUAUAGGAUGCCCUUGCCAGUGGAUGGGGAGAACACUCAUCUGCCUGCCACUGUGUGAUUGCCUAGAAGUGUCAGCCAGGUGGCAGGAGCUCAGCCCCACCUGAAUGCUUCCAGGUCCUCACCUGGCACUCCCACAGCAGACUAAGGCCUGCCUGUUGCCAGGGGUUCUAGUAGAGUCCAUGUCCUUUGCGAUGGAGUGGUUGGGGAAAAAAAAUUACAAAAGACACCUAGGUAGUGUGCUCUUGAAAGAAGCCCAUUCUGAUCUAACUGCCACCUCCCCAGGUGGCUGUGUUGUCAGCUGUCUGUGCAUAGAAGUUUGCUGCAUCACUGGUGAGCCAGGGAGUGUCUAUGUAAUGUCCACUUAAUCUUACUAGGAAGGAUUCCCCCCAUUUCAACAAGGUAACUGAAGAAUGUUGAAUCUAAAUUUGGGUAACUUAUACUUUCUGUAGGGUGAAGAAUUUGAAGGGUAUAUAAAAGCUCUUAUAGCUGAGUGCCUAUAGUCCCAGCUACCUGCAAGACUGAUGUGGGAGGACCCUUUGAGCCCAGGAGUUUGAAUCCAGCCUGGGCAAUAGUGAGACCCCGACCUCUUUAUAAAGAAAAAAAGCUUUUAAGAUAAAGGCCAAAAGGGCCUAGGGUCUUUAUCUUCCCUCAGCUGCCCCUUGGAAAAGAUCUCCUGGCCUGCCAUUCAGAGUACACAGUGAGGGGAGGCCCCCUCCACAGGGCACUGUUUAGAAUAGGCUCAGUCAUUAAAACACUGCUGAGGGUGUGCUGUCCCCUGGCCACCAAGCCAAAUUGGACUUUUGGGGAUAGGUUUUGUGGUGGUAGCUUUUGGGUUCUUCAGUUCUUUGCCUGGACUGAACAGUGAGCAGUGCUAAAGAGGCCUGUUCUGUUAGCUGGAGUUUCCAUUGAAGUGCUAACUGCUGGAUCCUUUGAACCUCUAGCCUGGGAGGGUAUUUAUAACUAGCUGUUUAGAGGAACUGAAGUCCUGCCUUUCUGUAGUGGUUUAAGAGCCGUACCCUUGGUGUAGGCUGAAAGGGCAGGCCUGCACAACUGUGGGGACUCAAACGCCCAACUCCCCACGACCUUGUUUGCCUUCCCCCUGCCCUGCCAGCCCAGCGGCCCUUUUAGGGUUAACUUUUCUGCUUUGGAAGCAGCUGGCCAGUUUACACUCCUCCCUGGGCUGUACAAAAAUACUUCCUUUGAAGUGUUAGGAGAAGCGGUGAAGGGUAAAACCUGGUGAAGAAUAAAGCCUGGAGUGGGGCUUGAAUGCACUUCUCUUUCAGGGAGUUUGCUGGGUGACUGAGCCCCACAGCCUUGUAAUCUAUAGGACUGAGUGGUUCUCCUCGCAUAGUUACAGCUUGGAGCCUAGUUGCAGCUGGUGUGUGCGUGUGUGGGUGCAUGUGUAUAUGUGUGUCUGCGGUGUGCAUGCAUGCGUGUGUGUAUGUGUGUGUGUGUGUAUGUAUGUAUGUAUGUGUGUGUAAGCUUUCCACAAAAGGAGUAUUUCUCCUCAAGAGAGAUAGAAUGCAGCCACCAAGCUUGCCUGGUGACUGGAAUCCCUUUGAAGGCACUUUUCCCUGGGGCGGCUCCAAGUGGGGGUGGUAUCCUGGGGUACAUGAGAAGCUGCAGUGUUUCCACUUGGUCCUAAAGUGGCCAGCCCUGUUCUUGCUCCCUACUGGGGUAGGAAAGCUGCCACUGAUCCAUCUCUGAUUCAGGUCAAAGCACAGCAGCCUAAAACAGCACCAGGCUCGGAAUCAAUCGCGUUGAUUUCUCUUAACCUUGGGUUUCCCAUCAGUAAAGUGGGGCUAGUGGAAAUACAGGAUUGGGGCACCUUGAGAAAGUGCAAGACACUUCUCUGAUAUAAGGCCUGCUAUUGAGCAGAAAUGGCAUUUAGGAUAAAGAGGCCAAAGAGAAGAAUGCCAGAGCAGAAAUGAGAUGGAACAAAGCUUGAAUGUCUUCUUAAUCCUUGAGUAUUUGCAGCCAAGGAGGGGUUGGGGCGAGAUGGGAGGAGAGGCAGCUGUUAUUUUCUAGAGAAGAAUGCCAACCUGUUUCUCCCCACAGAGGGGGCCACACAAGUUCUUUCUGAACCGGGGUUUGUAGUCCCUUCUUUCCUGGAAAAUGCCUUCAUAUGGAUUUCUUACAUCUUAUUACACUACUUCCUAUCUCCGUUAGACAAAAAUGUCCCUUAGGUCUAAAAUAAUACCGUAGAGCUAACAUUUAUUGUUGGCUUUUGCCAGGCAUUGUGUUAAGCACCCAACAUUAAUGAUCUCAUUUAUUCCUUGGAGCAGCCCUAGGCUGGCAUCUGCUCUUAUCCUCGUUAUACAGAUGAGGAAAAGGAGGCUGGAAAAAGUGAAAUGACUUAUCCAAGGUCCUCUUACCUACUGAUACAGGUAUGGAAAUACAGACCUGGUUAGGCUUUUAGCCCCUUUACUCUUAAUAGAUAAAAGUUAAAAUAAGCGAUGGAGGGCGAAAUUUAAUUCUGUGCCCCAAACCUGGUCAGAAGCUGUUUUUAGGGAAAGAGGUGGAACAUUGAACUCUGUUUAUUCUGGCUGUUUUGACCCAUGUUAUGUUCAUCAGUGGACUCUUUAUUUUUAAUUUUUGAGUUGGAGUUUUGCUCUUGUUGCCCAGGCUGGAGUUUAAUGGUGCAAUUUUGGCUCAUUGUAACCUCUGUCUCCCAGGUUCAAGUGAUUCUUGUGUUUCAGCCUCUGAGUACUUAGGAUUACAGGUGCCCACACCACCACGUGCAGCUAUUUUUUGUAUUAUUUUUUUUUUUUUAGUAGAGACAGGGUUUCACCAUGUUGGCCAGGCUGGUCUUGAACUUCUGACCUUAGGAGAUCCACCCGCCUUGGCCUCCCAAAUUGCUGGGAUUAUAGGCGUGAGCCACUACACCCAUCCUAUUUUAUUUUUUUGUUUUGAGACAGAGUCUCACUCGGUCGCCCAGGAUGGAGCACAGUGGCGCAAUCUUGGCUCACUGCAACCUCUGCCUCCUGGGUUCAAAUGAUUCCCAUGCCUCAGCCUCCGGAGUAGCUGGGAUUACAGGCGCCUGCCACCACACCCAGCUAAUUUUUGUAUUUUUUAGUAGGACAGGGUUUCAUCAUGUUGGCCAGGCUGGUGUCAAACUCCUGACUUCAAGUGAUCCACCCGCCUCUGGCUCCCAAAGUUCUGGGAUUACAGGCAUGAGCCACCGUUCCUGGCCAGUGGACUCUUAUUGAUCAGUUUUAUUUCAAUACAUGUGAGUGUGUUUUGCCCUGUGGUUACUGAAAAGAAGCUUUUCUUAUUUCCCAUUCUCUGUGUUGUCUUUACAACAGUGAUGCCUUUUUCCCACUCAUUAGAAAGGAGAGAAGAUGGUUGCCUGGCUCUGUAACUGCAGCUUUGUUACUGUUGAAGGUCUUGGUGUUGGGGAUUGAUGGGUAGCCUGUACCCCUUGAAAUCCUUAGCUGUAGGCUUUGGUCUUUCCCAGCCUAGAACCAGACUUGGCACUUACUUCAAGGGGUUUGAGAUCCUGUGCUUGACCCUCCUCAGUUCACUGGGGAAACCAAGGCCUGGAAAAGUUUGAGUGAUUUGCCUCCAGUCACACAUGGGGCUAGAUGCAGGGCUAGGCUGGCAGGUUCCCAGCCCACUGGCCACAUGCUUCUCUUUUUCACCUGAAUUUCAAACAGGAGAGAAGAUGAAAGGAACAGAAGUGACCAGUCAGAGGAGUAGGAGGGCUCUCAUUUGCAAAUAGUUUCUUUUGAUCUUUGCCCCAUUGUUUAAAAAACCCCCACCAAACCACAACUGGUAGCAUGAGCACAUGAUUCCCUCCGGUUCAUUGAGGGGCAGUUAUUUCUCUUUUAAGCAGAAACCCCCACCCCUAGUAGUCUGUUUCACUUAGGGCCCCACACCUCCUCUCCCCUUCUGCUACUCGGCUGCCAGAUGUUGUGCUGCCCUUCACAAAUCUUUGAGAGCUUUUUACUGCUUGUAGGAUGGAGUCUAACCCCGCCUUCCCCUAAAAUUCUAAAGCCCUUGACAUUUUGUGUCCAGUCUAUCUUUGCAGUUUGGCAUCCAACCACAGAGCCCCUUGCUUGUAGUCAAAGGGCUCCUCCUAACGGGCUUUGGCCUUUAUUUGCAUCUUUGCCCACAUUCUGUCCAUCUUUCAAGGCUGCUGCCUCCAGUAAGCUCUGUUGGAGUAUGCAGCACCCAGUUUUGUCUCUGCUGCCUCUGAAUCUGAAACAAUCUGGUCUGGGCACUCAUUUGACACUUAAUAUUAUUUUGUGGUGUUUAAUUUGUAGGUGUGUCUGUCUCCAUAACUAGAUUGUAAGCUCACUGAGGUCAGUGGCAUACCUUCUGUACUGCUUUGUAUUUUCCUCUGAACUGCUUCAUAUUCCCCCUUAGCAUUCCUUAGGGCCUAGAUUGGAUGCUGUGCAAAGAUCUGGGACUGAAAUGCUAUCAUCUUUCUAACUGUUAACAGGAAUGGAAGAAUUGAGUUUCCCCAAAAAGGAAUGAAAUGAUGAACUAGAGAUACUUUUUUAAUGGGAUCUGUACUAUGUUGGGAUUAAUAUAUAGGUUGAGUAUUCCUCAUCCAAAAUGCUUGGGACCAGAAGUGUUUCAGAUUUUGGAAUAUUUGCAUAUACAUAAUGAGAUGUCUUGGAGAUGAGACCCAAGUCUAAACAUGAAAUUCAUUUGUUUCAUAUAUACCUUAUUCACAUAGCCUGAAGGUAAUUUUAUACAGUAUUUUUAAUAAUUUUGUGUGUGAAACAAAGUUCCUGUUAGGUACUUACAUGUGGAAUUUCCACUUGUGGUAUCAUGUUGGUGCUCAGAAAGCUUCAGAUUUGGAAGCCUUUUGGAUUUCGGGUUUUUCCAUUAAGGAUACUUAACCUGUACUUUAAAUUAGGCUAUGAAUGAACCAGGGAAUUUUAGUUUUUUGUUUGUUUGUUUGUUUUUAUUUGGGCAAUUUUGCUGGCAAACAGUUUAUAGUGAAAUUUUUGACCUAGACCUCUUUAAGAUGAAAGUAAAUAAAUGCAUGUUAUUUAAAAUUUGCUGUUGUUGCUAUUUAGCACCCUAGAUGCUUGUUUACUUUUUUACUUUGUUGUUCUUACAACUUUUUCUCUAAGUAAUUUAGUGGAUCCCUAUUCACACUGUUACAAUUGUGUUCUUAAACAUAUUUCCGCCACAGCUGUGGGUAGAAUCAUGCUCGUGUCCCAGUGUACCCUUUUCCUUCUUGGCAUUUUUUCCCCUUUCUUUCUCCUGAGUUAAAUGUGUAGCAGAAGAGGUUUAAAGACACAGGGGCAGCAUGAAUAGUACUUUGUUUUUAAAAUGUGGAAAUGGGCUUGAAGUUAGGUGACUUAUCCAAGGCCAUACAUCCAGUAAGGAGAAAAAUUGGCCUUGUGACAUAGCCCAGGGAUGUGCUGUGCCUUGUGAUGGCCCCAUGUGUUGGUGCUUGGAGUUCAGUGGCUCAUCAAGUACCUGUAGUUUUUGAAGGAAAGGAGUUGAUAAAAUGGAGCAACCUGGAGUGCUUACUCCAGGGGUCAUUUCUAAUCUGAUUUUGGUAAGUAAUGGAUUUUGAGAGUAGGUUCUUAUAUUUCCUCCCAAUCUGGUGUGUUCAUGAGUAUUUUUCUGGAGAGAUGGACUCUAUACCUCCAAACUGGUGAAGAUCUCCUGAUAGAGGUGCCGCUAAUGCCCCUACCUAUGCAGGGAUUGUAUUGGAGAAGCUGCAUCUGUGGCCUGCACUUGCUGGAAGCUCCAGUGAGCGGGGCACAUUAGAAAAGUCAGAUGUGAUCUACCCUCCCACCCACCUGUCUCAAAUGGCUUUUUUUUCCUUCCUAAAAGUCAGUGAGUAAUAAACUUUAAAAAUAGCAAAGGGUUAGAGGUUCCUUUUUUUCAAGUUCUUAUUAUAGGAAAUGUUACAUGUAGACUCCAGUAGAGCAUGUUAUGUACACGCCAUCCCUCCAUAUACUCACCGUCACCCAAAAUAGUUGUCAAUGCCUUGCCCCACUUGUUUCACUUACACCCCCAUACCACCCCUAUGUUAUUUUGAAGGAAAGCCAGCCAUAUCAUUUUUUACCCCAUAAAUAUUUCUAAAAUAUCUAUAAAAGCUUCUUUUUAAAAAACAUGAUCCCAGGGCUAUUUCCACAAAUGUUAAGUUAGUGAUGUCCCCUCCCAAAGGGCAGCCCCACACUCCCUAAGACUGGUGUAUGUGUUUGGCUGCCCAUGCACUGGCAGCCAGGUCUGGAGGCUGGGUCAGGGGUGGAGCCCAAGCUGGUGGGGGAUGAGCGGGCGAGGCGGUGGCUCUGCUGGCAGGGUAAUCAUGAAGAUCUCGGAUCCUGCAGUGGGCGCCGUGAUGGUAUCGGCUUUGCCCCGGGCGGGAACCACAAGAUCAAAGGCACCGUGCACCGGGGCGCUUCAAAGCUGGUGGAGCAGCCCGGAUUGAUGCCGAGAAUGCGAGCUCUCUGCUGAUGUAAUCGUAGCCUAUGCACCCACUGGGCCUAUGUAAUAACAAUGACGAAGAGGACUUGUAUGAAUACGGCUGGGUAGGAGUGGUGAAGCUGGAACAGCCAGAAUUGGACCCGAAACCAUGCCUGACUGUCCUAGGCAAGAAGACCCAUCUGGAACUUGCAUCAAUUGGUCUGUCCUACUCAGGGUAGAGGCUCCUGUGCAAGAAGAUCCUGGGGACUCCUGUGGCGUAGAGGCCAAAGGCCUGGACCCAAAGGCUAAGCGAGCAGUACAGCGGGGAGCCACUGCAGUCAUCUUUGAUGUGUCUGAAAACCCAGAAGCUAUUGACCAGCUGAACCAGGGCUCGGAAGACCCUCUCAAGAGGCCGGUGGUGUAUGUGAAGGGUGCAGAUGCCAUUAAGCUGAUGAACAUCGUCAACAAGCAGAAAGUAGCUCGAGCAAGGAUCCAGCACCGCCCUCCUCGACAACCCACUGAAUACUUUGACAUGGGGAUUUUCCUGGCUUUCUUCGUCGUAGUCUCCUUGGUCUGCCUCAUCCUCCUUGUCAAAAUCAAGCUGAAGCAGCGACGCAGUCAGAAUUCCAUGAACAGGCUGGCCGUGCAGGCUCUGGAGAAGAUGGAAACCAGAAAGUUCAACUCUAAGAGCAAGGGACGCCGGGAGGGGAGCUGUGGGGCCCUGGACACACUCAGCAGCAGCUCCACGUCUGACUGUGCCAUCUGCCUGGAGAAGUACAUUGACGGAGAGGAGCUGCGGGUCAUCCCCUGUACUCACCGGUUUCAUAGGAAGUGCGUGGACCCCUGGCUGCUGCAGCACCACACCUGCCCUCACUGUCGGCACAACAUCAUAGAACAAAAGGGAAACCCAGGCGCGGUGUGUGUGGAGACCAGCAACCUCUCACGUGGUCGGCAGCCGAGGGUGACCCUGCCGGUUCAUUACCCCGGCCGCGUGCACAGGACCAACGCCAUCCCGGCUUACCCGACAAGGACAAGUAUGGACUCCCACGGGAACCCUGUCACCUUGCUGACCGUCGACCGGCACGGGGAGCAGAGCCUCUUUUCCCCGCAGACCUCCGCCUACAUCCGCAGCUACCCACCCCUCCACCUGGACCACAGCCUGGCCGCUCACCGCUGUGGCCUGGAGCACCGGGCCUACUCCCCAGCCCACCCCUUCCGCAGGCCCAAGUUGAGCGGCCGCAGCUUCUCCAAGGCAGCUUGCUUCUCCCAGUACGAGACCAUGUACCAGCACUACUACUUCCAGGGCCUUAGCUACCCAGAGCAAGAGGGGCAGCCCCCGCCUAGCCUCACGCCCCGGGGCCCAGCACAUGCCUUUCCUCCGAGUGGCAGUGGCAGCCUGCUGUUCCCCACCGUAGUGCACGUGGCCCCGCCCUCCCACCUGGAGAGCGGUAGCACAUCCAGCUUCAGCUGCUAUCACGGCCACCGCUCGGUGUGCAGUGGCUACCUGGCCGACUGCCCAGGCAGCGACAGCAGCAGCAGCAGCAGCUCCGGUCAGUGCCACUGUUCCUCCAGUGACUCUGUGGUAGACUGCACUGAGGUCAGCAACCAGGGCGUGUACGGGAGCUGCUCCACCUUCCGCAGCUCCCUCAGCAGCGACUAUGAUCCCUUCAUCUACCGCAGCCGGAGCCCCUGUCGCGCCAGUGAGGCGGGGGGCUCGGGCCGGGGGCCUGCACUGUGCUUCGAGGGCUCCCUGCCACCCGAGGAGCUCCCGGUUGUGCACAGUCAUGGUGCUGGGCGGGGCGAGCCUUGGCCAGGCCCUGCCUCUCCCUCGGGGGAUCAGGUGUCCACCUGCAGCCUGGAGAUGAACUACAGCAGCAACUCCUCCCUGGAGCACAGGGGGCCCAAUAGCUCUACCUCAGAAGUGGGGCUCGAGGCUUCUCCUGGGGCCGCCCCGGACAUCAGGAGGACCUGGAAGGGGGGCCAGGAGGGGCCAUCGUGUGCCUGCUGCUGCGAGCCCCAGCCCUCCCUACCCGGGCCUAGCUCCGGAGUAGCUGGCAGCAGCACCUUGUUCCUGGGGCCCCACCUCUUAGAGGGCUCUGGCCCGGUGGGUGGGGAGCCCCAGCCAGGAAGCUCCCAGGGCCUGUACGGCCUUCAUCCCGACCAUUUGCCCAGGACAGAUGGGGUGAAAUAUGAGGGCCUGCCCUGCUGCUUCUAUGAAGAGAAGCAGGUGGCCCGUCGUGGCGGAGGCGGCAGUGGCUGCUACACUGAGGACUACUCGGUGAGUGUGCAGUACACGCUCACUGAGGAGCCCCCGCCUGGCUGCUAUGUGGGGGCCCGGGACCUGAGCCAGCGCAUCCCCAUCAUUCCGGAGGAUGUGGACUGUGACCUGGGCCUGCCCUCGGACUGCCAAGGGACGCACAGCCUCGGCUCCUGGGUUGGGACACAGAGCCCAGAUUCCCCACGGCCCCACAGGGGCCUGGGAGCAACCCGGGAAGAGGAGCGGGCUCUGUGCUGCCAGGCUAGGGCCUUGCUGCGACCUGGCUGCCCUCCAGAGGAGGCGGGUGCUGCCAGGGCCAGCCUCCCCAGUGCCCUCCAGGACACUCAGGAGUCCAGCACCACGGCCACUGAGGCUGCAGGACCGAGAUCUCGCUCAGCAGACAGCAGCAGCACAGGAGCCUGAGUUCAGAAGGAACUCUUAGCUGGAAAUUGGGAACUGUAUGGAGACUCCAAACUGACUUCCUUCAGAAAACAAAAACAAAAAAAUUUUUUAGCUUUGACAAACACACAAAAGUGGUAAUAAAGAGAGCCCUCCUUCUCAACCCAAAAUGUGAGCCCUCUGUGGCAAAACCACCCCUUACCCCAUUAACAAAACAACAGACAAAAUUCUCCGAGUCCUUUUGCCUCUUUUGAUAACAUGCUCUGUUUUGUAAAGUGUGUGUGCUUGGGGUUCUGAGGUGUGGGAUUGAGUUCUGUUUUUUUUUUUUUAAGAUGUAUGUAAAUGUAAAAAGUUAUUUAAAUAUAUAUUUUAAAGAACCCUAACCGCCAACUUUUGCUGAAAAAGAAAAAAAAAAUCACUGCUGCAUUAAAUGAACCACAUCAUGUGUAGAUACUGUUGUCUCCCUGGAGGGAGCUCAGGCCUUUGAAAAGCUCAGGGCUUCACCUGCCUUAGAAAAUGAACCAGAAACUUGAAGUAAAGCUAGUUGAUAUGGGUACAGGCUCUGAGGAGCAGUGCAGAGCUGCCUCUUUCUUUCUCAUGGCAAUCCCAAUGUACAUGAUGUCAGGUCUCGGAUGCCAUGCCGCUCCAGCCCACGCCCUUAGGCAGGUGAUGGAAGCAGCUAGGAAUAGGGUGUACAAGAGCCGCAGCCCUGCAGAGCCUGGCCAAGCCGCUGCUACGAAAGUGAUGGGGAUGAUUCUUCCCAGUGUCCUCAAUCUGUCCCCUCGGGUCAUGGUCCCAAGUGAAACAACAGAGUUCACAUCCCAUAGUAAGGGCAUAUUCUUGGGGCCCUCAAUCUGAACUCUGACCCUCAGGGCAGGGAAGAGGAGGCUGUCCCCCUUGGUUGUCCUGACUUUGGAGUCCUUUACAAAAAUAUUUUGGGCUCCCUGCCACUGGCUGCAGAAAUGGCUUGACAGGGUGUGUGGGGCAGACACCCAGAAGGAAUGUACUUUUGUGGCCUUGGUGUCCGAUGAGGCUGGGGAGAGUGCUCUCCACUGACCCAGCAGCACACCAAUGUGCAGUGCGCAUGCGCCUCUGUGGGGCAGCCACAACCCUCGGCUGCUUCCUUGGGCUGCCUUUCUGGGGGCACGUGCCCAGACCCAGGAGGUCUGCACUGAGCUCCAUUUGAAUGAUACCUUUCCUAUCCCAUUUCCCCACGGAAGCACUGCUUCAGGGUUGUUCAGUCUUCUGCCUCAUGGCUGAAAUUGCUCAUCUCGCCUGCAGAUGUCUACUAUCCUAUCUACCUAAUGCACUAUUAUAUAUUGAUUCUCCAUGAGACAGAGAGAGAGACUAUCAGAUAGUUUACAUCCUAAGGGUAGGUUUUUGUGUAUUUUCCCAGCCUUUUUUAUUAAGGGGAAGGAGAGAGUUUAAAAACCCAAACCGCUGCGGUUUUAAGGUGUUUCAUUUUUAAAAGGGAGAGAGAAUCUAUUUAAAGCUAUUUCAGAUCAGGGAUUAUCAUCCUUUUUUGUCCAGUGUAUUCCUUGUUCUUUAAAAACUAUUUUUAUAGGAAACUAAUGAUAUUAGCCCUUGUGUUCACUAAUUCUUUUGGUCACUUGUAUUUGUUCAUUCAUUCAUCAGAUGUGUUGUCAUCUGAAAGAAUUGGCUUAUUGGGUUUGCAAGCUCACUUGCGGAAUAGGAAACUUGGGACCUGGCCCCCUGUUGGGUAGGAGGAGAGGGACCACCUGGGUUGCUAGGUGACGGUGCUGGUCCUUCUCCAGUAGGUUUCACAGGAAGACAGCUCAGAAUGUUUUGAACGAGAAUGUCGCUCUGUCAGAAUAUACUUUUCUUAAAAACCUCAGCGUAUCAUGAGGAAAUUUACUUAUCUCUAGUUAGGAUUUGACAGAAUUUCCAACAUAAAAUGAUCAAACCAUUUGCCAUCAAGGGACUCACUGGUGAGAUCUGUCCUUCCGCCUCUGGGGUAUAGUCCCUUGGGGGGCUGCUUCUCAGACUGUGUCCCGUACACCUGUUGCCGAGGGUGUGAGAAGCGCCUGAGCUGGUGACAUGUGAUCUGGGACGCCUUUAUUUCUUGGGCCAGGAGUAGCAGCUGCUAAGGACAACAGCUUGCAUUACAUGGUUGUAGGGAAAUGGGGUCUGGGUUUUAAUAUGAACUGCAAAAAGCAGCUUCUCAUUGAGAUUUUUGUUGUUGUUUGUGGGGUUUUGUGUUUUUUGUUUUGUUUUUAAUGCCUUUGAGUGCAUAUUAUCUUCCUCAUCUGAAACCGAACUCCCAAAGUGGCUUUCUUUAGCCCUGGCUGGAAAACCACUCCUUAGUAGCCUUAAGCAAUAAAUAGAUGAGUAGAGAAUGUGGCUUCCACCGGGCUUAUUAAAAUAAGUGUGUCUAGUUUUCUUUUUUUUUUUUUUUUUUGAGACAGAGUCUCACUCCGUCACCAGGCACCUGGCUGGAGUGCAGUGGCGUGAUCUUGGCUCACUGCAACCUCCACCUCCUGGUUUCAAGCAAUUCCCCUGCCUCAGCCUCCCGAGUAGCUGGGACUACAGGCGCACGCCACCACGCCCAGCUAAUUUUUUUUUGUAUUUUUAGUAGAGAUGGGGUUUCACCAUGUUGGCUAGGAUGGUCUCGACCUCGUGAUCCACCCACCUUGGCUUCCCAAAGUGCUGGGAUUACAGACGUGAGCCACCACGACCAGCCUCUAGUUUUCACUUGAACAAGUGAUAGCUGCAGAUGGCAAAAGAAACCCAUUUAAUUUUUGUAGCUUACAGGUGGUAGAAACAAAAAUGCAAUUUCAAAACCUUAAAUACCACCCAUUGUCUUGUAAAUUUGUGUUGGCUUAUCUAGUCAGGGAGAUCACCAGAAUAAUAUAACCAAUGAUCUUAUUUGUCACACAUAAAAGAAAUGUCCUCUUUGAAGUUGUAAGACUCCACCAAUGACACACACCCUUUUUAGUGGACUCUGAGUGGUGUGUAGCACUUUUAUAGCCAUGGAAACUGGGAGUAUCCCAUUUUCCACUGAGAACCCCUGCCCCCAAUCCCUCCAAGUUGGGGUGUGACCGAUGGGCAUGGUCAAGUGACCCAGCCCGGGGUGUAGGACAGCCACGUUCAAUGUAGAGUUCUAGAACAAGCUGAAAAUGGAAGUUUGGGUGUUUACCAACAAGGUACCUCUUUACGGACAUAUAGCCCCAGUAAGCUGGCUUUAACUCUUAGCCCCUUCCCCCUCCUCCUAACCCAAGCCCUUUUGUAAAAUAAAGCUCCAUCUGUCCCACUGCUCACAUCCUUCUGUGCUGCUAGUUUCUACUCAAAGUUCAUGCAGGACUAAUCCUUUUAAAAUGAGGUCUAAAUAAUUAAUCUAGAAUAUUGUUCUUUAAACAGAACUGCCUUUUUCUACUCUAUGUAAACUUUCUAUGGUGUUGGUCUAACGAGGCACUAUUUUUAAUUUUUUAAAUUUCUCCCAUAGCACUUAAAAGAGAUUUUGUAAAGAUUUUGCUGUAAAGAUUUUGUAAUAAAAUGGUCUAAGGGCUCUUUUUUCCAACAUUACCAUUUGAAAAAAAUGUUUUAAAAGCUAGAAAACAACUUAUGUAUAUUCUGUAUAUAUAUAGCAGCACAUUUCAUUUAUGGAAAUAUGUUCUCAGAAUAUUUAUUUACUAAUAUAUUUAUCUUAAGCCAUGUCUUAUGUUGAGAGUGUGACAUUGUCGGAAUAAUCAUUGAAAAUGACUAACACAAGACCCUGUAAAUACAUGAUAAUUGCACACAGAUUUUACAUAUUUGCAGACCAAAAAUGAUUUAAAACAAGUUUUAGUCUUCUAUGGUUUUGUAACAAAUUGUACAAAUGACUGUAAAAAAAUACAAUUUUAUCAAGUAUGUGUUA